CUAGCAUAAUGUCUAACAUCGACCUCUCCCUUCCAGACUCCGUGCCCGGAGCGGCGCGAUUCAAAAAUAGGCCAAUGACUCUAGAUUCUUUCGCAAUAUACAGUCUCCUCUCGCCCCAAACAGAACCACCGAACCUAGUCGAAGCAUGCAACUCCGAGUGUCCGCGGGACGACUACGUCCACUUUCGUCCAGCCCUCAAAAUCACUUCUCUCAAAGAGCUCAUCAACUUUCACCUGAACACAACUGUAGAGGAUGGCUUCGACCCUAACUAUUUCCUGGUUGUGACGGAGCCAGAGUGGCAAGACAAGGGAGUUUAUGUGGUUACUUUGGGAGAUGAAGAUGGGAAACCUGAUGCAUUCAUGAUGAAAGCAACAGACUCUGGACUUCUCUUUGUGAAUCUGCAGAUCGGGAAUACGGAUUGGUAUGAAGCCAAAGAAAAUUACGAAUUCAGUGGCGAUAACGACGACACGCAAGAUCUUGGGUUAGAAGGAACAUUCCCCGACGGAGCUGCCAAGAAGAAACCAGCCACAGGCUUCUACAUAGCCUUCUACUCUAUCCCCGGAAUCGAUCUCACACAGUUAAUCCGCGACGUUGAACCCUUCCACGACGGAAAAGCACCAGAAGACCGUGUGUGUCGCUUUGAAGGCUUCUUGAAACCCGAUAGAGAUCUUGUUUCACAGACCUCAGGCUCUUGGCAUCCUCAAGCAUGCAUGUCCAAUCCUUAUCUGUGCAAGAUGUACUUCUUCAUCGUGGACAGUAAGGAUUACAAGGAGGAUGGGUUUUUGUUGUGUAACGUCAAGGAGCAUAAGACGAAGAGAGUGGUUUGCAGUCAAGGUGUCACGGUGCCGAAGUUCUGUAACAUCGCACAGGNNGGGGACCGUCGAUGGGACGAGGAGGAU